CACAGGGUAGAGGCAUAGGCGGCUUGGGGCAUGUGGCUCGUCCGCCGCCUGCUCUAGACGUGGGGCCUACGGUCAUGGUCAUGCGUGUGGGAUAGAGGUUGCUGCUUCCACGCCCCCCAAACGCGAGGCGAGAGCAUGGCAGUGGCUGCGAGAGAGCAGAAAGAGCUGCUGGCUCUCAUGCACCAGCAGUUGGUCCAGAUGGGUUAUGAGAGAGCAGCAAAGGAGUUGCUGGAUCAGAGCGGCCAGAAGUCUUUCCCAUCAUCUUCUAUUUCUCUGAAAGAGAUCAUCACUCAUUGGAGAAAGACUUCCUCACAGUCUAUGAAACAAAAGACUAUAGAAAGCAAGAGAGGCACUCCAGUAAAGAUCAGAAUUCCUGACCCCAAGAGCAGCUCUGAGAGCUCAGAAGAGGAAGAAGCAGCAAAAACCAUAACAAGUGUUCCAGCUAAUCUGCCUGGGAAUAACAGCACCGAGCUAAGGGAGACAGUAGCUAAAGAAGAGAGUAGUAGUGAAGAUUCAGAUUCAUCUUCUGAAGAGGAGGCGGUUGCCAGAAAGACUGUGAAAAACCCUGUGGCUGAAAACAAAGCUGAAUUUCUGCAACUGGCUGAUCAAAAUACUAAUUCUGUCCCAGGAAAGGGGGUGGCUGUGGCUGCUGUACAAGCAAAAGGAAAACAGAACAAAUCUGCUUCAAAUAAGCCCCUGCCUCCAGCUGUGAGAAAAGCAGGGCCAAAUAAAGGUCUUUCCAGUAAAGCAGGACCUCCUUCGCAGUCAUUGAUUUCAGGAGGACAAAAAACAGCACAGACCACUCUUGCAAAAGCAGCAGAGAGCUCUGAAAGCAGCAGCAGCACAUCUGAGAGUGAGGAAGGAGCAACUUCAACUGUAGUAAAAGCCCAACCUUCCAAGCCAUCUUUAAAGAAGACGGAAAGCACAAGUGAGGACUCAAGUGAUGAUUCUGACUCUGAAGAAGGAUCAAAAGCACCAGCAGUCCAAGUUAAACCAGCUGUACAAAAUGCCCAGGUCAGUAGUCCAUUGGUGAAAAAGUCACCAGCCACUGCUGGAUCUUCUACAAGAAAUGCAGUAAAGGUAACUCCAGCAAAGCAAACCAGUGUAAGAUCUGGAAAUGCAAAGAAAAGCACAGAAUCGACAGACACUUCAGAAAGUAGUGACUCAUCGGACAGUGAGGCUAAGGAACCUGCUUUAGUAGCACAGUUAAAACUUUCUGGAAAAAAUCCUCAGACCUUCAAAGCACCAGCGAAAAAUGCAGCAUCAAGUUCAUUAAACAAGGCAGUCUCUGCUUCCUCUCCAUCAAAAUCCACCCAGAAGCCCCCCGCGACCAGCUUAGCAAAACCCCCCCCUCCUUCAAAAGAAGCACAGAGCUCAGAGAGCAGCGAAUCGUCAUCUGAGAGCGAGAAUGAGACUCUGCCAGUUCCAAUAAGUCAGAAGAGAUUGCUGACUCCUCGCCCUUCUGUAGGGACCAAACAAAAUCAGGCUGAUCAGCCUGGGAUCGUACCCAAAGCUGCAUCAGGUGCUUUGAAAGGGAAGGAAGCACAGAAUGAAAGCACCAGCUCAUCUGACAGUGAGGAUGAAACUGUUCCCACACCAUGCAAACUGCCAGCUCCAUCUGCCCCCAAGGCAAGUCCUGCAGUUCAGGAUGCCUGUAAGGUGAAGCCCCAGCCUCCAGAGGAAUCUCACCAGAAGGCCCAGCAGAGUGAAGAUAGUAGCGAAGAUUCAAGCGAUGACUCUGACUCUGAGGAAGAUGCAACAUUCACUCAGAAACCAGCUCAGAUAACACGGAAACCUGCUCUCAUUCCCGUGAAAAGCCCGACAGCAAAGAAUGCAGGGAUCACAUCAGGCAAACCUCAGCCAGCAGGGAAAGGGGGGACAACCCGAACAAAAUCAGGCGCUGUCCCUGUUCCAGAAGCCUCCGAGAGCUCAGAGACCAGCAGCUCUGAUUCUUCAGAUAGCAAAGAAGCUGAGAAGCCAGCAGCGCAGCCCCCUAUUCACCCUUUUUUUAAGCAGAUGACUGGUAAAACAGCCAUUCCUUCAGGAAAGGGUGUACAGACCACCUUGAAUACACCCAAUGCUGCUUCCAGCAAAUGCCAAAGCCCUGCCACAAAAGCGACAGGGAAGGAAGGACAAGCUCCCUCUCAGAAGGCUAAGCCAGGGCAGGGCCAGGUUCUGGCUGCUAAGUCCUCUGGCAUCACCAUACACAAGGAGAGCUCCUCAGACAGUUCCUCAGACAGCGAGGAAGAAGCAGGAGCUUCGACAACAGCCAAGCAGCCUGCACAGCCUGCCAUCCAGCAGAAACAAGAGGCAAAAAAAGAAUCUGAGAGUUCAUCUGAGGAAUCCAGUGAUGAAGAUCUAGAAGCUUCUCAGUCCCUUCUAGCAGGGCUAUCGGGUCCUUCCAAGAUCCAGGCAUCCACUGUGGCAGCAGGUCCUCUGAUAUCCAAACAGAGUUCUGGGAAAGCUAGUACUCCAACAGUCAGUGCUCAGGCAAAGGCUUCUGGGAAGCCAGCUCCCGCUGAUAGCACAUCGUCAGCCGAGAGCUCUUCAAGCAGUAGCGAAGCUGAGGAAACCGUUAUCCCAAAAACAGAGAUCGUCUCGUUGCCUUCUUCUGGAAGGGAAGCGGCGGCUGCUAAGGUGGAAAAGGGGGCAAGAAAGCGAGGACUGAAAAGCACCAGCUCCAAGGCUCCCCCAGCCAAAAAAGCUGCAGCAAAGGCUCAGAGCAAUGGCCAAGCCCCAGGGACCUCUGCGGUACAGUUGCCAGAGUCACUCACCCCAUUGUCCAAAGCUGCCUCUGGGAACAAAGAGCAGGCUGCCCCCCAAGUUUCUCUGGGAACCCAGGAAGAUGCGCACUCCAACCCUGUUGGGAAGGCCAAGAUGUCCAAAACUGGAACAAAGGAGAAGUCGUCCAAGAAACGGAAACUGGCAGCUGGGGAUGCUGACCCAGAGGUUUCAAAGGGCAAGAAGCUUAAAAUGCAGAGUGGUGAAGAGAAGCUGAUAAAGAAGAAGAAGAAGAAGAAGAAAUCCAAGUCUUCAGACAACAUCAAAUCACCAAAGAAAAAAAAUGUGAAAGAGAAGAAGUCUGAUAAGAAGAAAAAGAAGAGCAAAAAUGUGGAGAGACUUGAUGCAGAUGGGACACAGAAGAAAAAAAAGAAAAAGAAGAAAAUUGAUAACCUUGAAGAAAAGGCAUGAACAUGUAGUGGCUUUAUAAUUCAAUAUGAAGAAUGGAAGUACACCCAUUGGAAAAGAAUUAUUCGUUUAUAUUUUUUAAACAACAAAACCAAAAGUCAGAGAUUGAAUUUAAUUUAUAACUAUUUUUAAUGAUGAAUUUUAAAGCUAAGAAACUGUGCUUCAAGUGACCUGGAUGUAGGCUUGAGAGAAGGAUACAACUUGUAUCGUUAAGAGAAGAAAUCGGGAUGCUGACCUUUAGGAAGUGGAAUGCGCACAGACAGAAAGUUGGCUUUGUUUCCUGCAGAAUUUUUAAAAGGCUGUUUCCACUUCCUUUCUUCCCUUCACUCACCACUUAAGAGUUAUAUUUUUCAAGAAAAACCUCAUCCCUCUUCUCCUCCCAUUACUUUUUUAAAAUCAGCUUUUAUUUUCAAGGAGGGGGGUCCUUUGUCUCUCCUUGUGUCCAGUGUGUACAAAAUUGUGUUGUGUCUAGAUUGACUUUCUGUCUCAUCCUUCCUCUUUUUAUUAAUAAAACAAUAAAAGUUUUUGACUGGAAAAAGCAGAUCUCUGUUAUGUAAGACUAAAAAGGUG